AUGGAUUUCUCAGAGACGUUUAAGCAGGCGGGUCCCUGUUCAUUUUCGCCAAAUGCGAGGUAUUUAGCCGUCGCCGUUGAUUAUCGUCUAGUCAUUCGCGAUGUUCACACACUCAAGGUGGUACAAUUAUUCUCUUGUUUGGACAAAAUAACUUACAUCGAAUGGGCCCUUGAUUCCGAGUACAUACUUUGCGGCCUAUUCAAGAGGCCCAUGAUACAAGCAUGGUCAUUGGCACAACCGGAAUGGACAUGUAAGAUUGAUGAGGGGCCCGCAGGUAUUUCCUAUGCAAGGUGGAGCCCGGAUAGCCGCCACAUACUGACCACAUCCGAUUUCCAACUACGCUUAACGGUUUGGUCGUUGUUGAACACAGCAUGCAUACAUGUGCAGUGGCCAAAGCAUGGUUCUAAGGGAGUUUCAUUUACAAAAGAUGGGAAAUUUGCUGCAAUAUGCACGAGACGUGAUUGCAAGGACUAUGUUAAUCUAUUAUCUUGUUGUACGUGGGAAAUUAUGGGUGUUUUUGCAGUUGACACUUUGGAUUUGGCUGAUAUUCAAUGGUCACCAGAUGAUAGUGCCAUAGUCAUAUGGGAUUCACCUCUUGAAUAUAAGGUGCUAAUAUAUUCUCCAGAUGGCCGGUGUUUAUCCAAGUAUCAAGCAUAUGAAAGUGGAUUAGGAGUAAAAAAUGUUUCUUGGUCACCAUGUAGUCAAUUUUUAGCUGUGGGGAGCUACGACCAAAUGAUACGGGUUUUAAAUCACUUGACUUGGAAAGUAUUUGCAGAAUUUACACAUCUAACUGUCAUUCGUGGUCCUUGUGCAGCUGCAGUAUUCAAGGAAGUAGACGAGCCAUUGCAACUGGACAUGUCGGAAUUGUCACUGACUGAUGAAUUUGUUCAAAGAAAUACUGAUAAUACAUCCGAGACAUACAAUCAAGUUCGAUACGAAGUUAUGGAAGUUCCAAUUACUCUUCCUUCACUGAAGCCUCCAGCUGAUAAACCAAACCCAAAGCAAGGCAUCGGCCUCAUGGCAUGGAGUAGCGACAGCCAAUACAUAUGCACGCGCAAUGACAGCAUGCCAACUGUCCUUUGGAUAUGGAACGUGCAGCAGCUGGAGCUGGCGGCUAUCCUGAUACAAAAGGAUCCUAUCCGAGCCGCGGCUUGGGACCCCACGUGCCCUCGACUUUUCCUAUGCACCGGGAGCACAAAUCUGUACAUGUGGACCCCACUGCGCACGUGCUGCAUCAAUGUCCCAUUACCUCAAUUUUCCGUGCUCGACCUGAAGUGGAAUCUCGACGGGAGAUACCUUCUUCUCAAGGACAAGGAAUCGUUUUGUUGCGCGGCUGUCCCACUUUUGGAGGAGUCGAGUGAUUACAGCUUGGACGAUUGA